AGGUCGCCCGUCUGCUGAUUUAAAACACUCUAGCAGGGCGCAGCGGUCUCUUACCGGCAUACACGAAUAACUUAUACAGUACGGCAACACAGAACACAGCAGAAUGGCAGACAUGCAAGACGGUGUUACUCAGAGAAGCGGAUGUGAUUGGAUUGACGAGUUGAUCCGCAAAUCCCGUGAAGCGAAACAAUUCGCAUAUUGUCCCUAUAGCAAAUUCCCUGUUGGGGCAGCCCUGCUGACUCUGGAUGGGAAAGUGUUUACAGGUUGCAAUAUGGAAAACGCUUGCAGUACUCUAGGCAUUUGUGCUGAAAGAAAUGCCAUUUCAACAGCGAUCUCGAAUGGCCACAGAAAGUUCAAGGCUAUUGCUAUUGCUAGUGAUUCAGCUGAGUUCAUUUCUCCCUGUGGAGGCUGCCGUCAGGUGAUGAGAGAAUUUGGUGCUGACUGGGACGUUUACCUGACCAAGCCUGAUGGUUCUUAUAGAAAAAUGUCCGUGAAGGAGACACUACCAGUUUCAUUUGGACCUGAUGAUCUUAAAAAUUAGGGAGUGCAUAUAAUGGCCUUUAAUGCAAGUUUUGUAUAAUCUUCAUAGCCCUACAGAAUUAAAUUAUUCACCAACUGCAGAAAGAACAAAAUUCAGCACAAAAGAAUGGCCGAUACAUUAGCUUUCUUAGUAAUUGAUAAGAAGAUGGCUUAAGUUGAAGCACUGGUGCCAAAUAUGAUGAACAUUAUCAAUGCAGUGUAAAUGAAAUUUAAUUUAUUUGCUGUAUAUUUCCUAUUUACUUGGCUGGCUCAUAAAGCAGCAAUGACAACUUGCACAAAAUCAAAAACAGCUCAGUGUCACUUUCAUUUAAUGAAGUAAUUAUAUGACAAAAUAUUUUAAUACGUUAUUAUUUGUUUUUAUAAUCAGGAAGGCCUGUAAUAUUUUAGCUGGGUUCAGUAUCUAUAGAUAAUUACAUUUAUAUUAUUACGUUGUCCGUUCAGUAUACCUGAAUCAUUUCUUGUAAAUGUAUAUUUAUUGCACUGAAUAAAAACAAAUCAAAAAGC